GAUCGUUCUUCUCAUUGUCUCCGGCAUCCAACCAACUGCACCCACCUUGAUUUUCUUUUGAAAGAAGUCCAUCUCACAAUCUCAAAAGAAACAACCAUGGCAAUGGAGACAUACGACGAUGAAUCUGUUGGUAGCCAUAGAAACGAUGACAAGAAGGCGAAUCAAGACCUAGUAGAAGAGCGCAAAAAGUUGGCUCAGAAGGAGAAUGAAGCUGUUCGGUGGCUCCGUAUUGUGGUCUUUGUGGUGUUGUUGGUGACUGCGGCGCUCGUGUCGGUGGGUGUGUACGUGUUGCUUCGCAAGGACCAAAAAGAUGACUUUGAACAUGACUACCAGGCCAAUGCGCUCAAGAUCAUCGAGUCCUUUCAUCAGUCUGUGGAGAGGUACUUGGAAGCUUUGGACUCGCUCUCCAUUGCCUACACCAAUCAUGCCUUUGUGACCGGAUCUGUCUUUCCCAAUGUGACUCUGCCUGAUUUUGAAGUCCGAGGCGCCAACACGCGUAUUUUGGGAGGAGCACCAGUCAUCAACUUUUAUCCAUUGAUCACAGACGAAACGCGUCCAGGUUGGGAAGCUUAUGUGGGCGAGACCAUUGGUCAUUACCCACAGUGCAUGGAUGCCGACACGGAACAACGCCUCAUUCAAGAUGCAAUUUUGGGACUGGACUAUCAGGUGGUCGAAUUCGAAGAUCCUUCGCCACUCCCACUCACCAUCAAGGACAUUCAGGCGGAUGGUUCCACACCCCCAGCCGAACCAGGAGCAGGCCCUUAUUUGCCCAUUUGGCAGAUGACUCCUGCCAUUCCUCUUCAUUCCGUUCUGUUGGUGAAUCUCUUGACACACCCCUCUGGAAAGGGCGCCUAUAAUGCCACUGUGAACACGGCUCAAGCAGUGAUCGAAUUCGCCUCCAACCUCAACGAAGAGCACCUGGGGCAAACAGGUUUUGCUUAUCAGCUGUUUCUGUCGCAUGGACAGUUUCGAGCCGACUUUGAUGAGUUUAUCGGGGAUCCCACCAGUUCCGUGGGAUACCCUGUCUUUGACUCGUUCAAUGUCAAAACUCGCAAGGUUGUGGGCAUCUUGGCGACGAAUUUCUACUGGAUCUUGUACUUUAAGGACAUUUUGCCGUCGAAUGCUCGAGGAAUCAUUUGCGUCAUUGAAAACAAUCACAAUCAGUCCUUUUCGUACCGUAUUGAUGGUCGAGAAGCCGUUUACUUGGGAGAUGGCGAUCUACAUGACACAAAGUUCGACUACCUGGAGGUUUCUGCGGACAUAACCGAAUACAUUACCCAGAAGAAAGGGCCACAGACCAGGUCCUAUACGUCAGUGGAUUUGAAUGGAGACUAUUCACGCUACUUUCUCCGUGUCUAUCCUUCUCAAGAAACAGAGGAUCAGUUUAUUGACAACCAGCCAGUGCUGAUGCUGGUGCUUGUGAUUUGUGUUUUUGCCUUUACGAGUUUUGUAUUCGUUGUCUAUGACUGGGUAAUUGCCCGCAGGCAGAGAAUUGUCAUGGAGAGAGCUUUGGCAUCAGGUGCAAUUGUGUCAAGCCUAUUUCCUUCUACUGUAAGAGACCAAAUCUACGAAGAAACUACCAAGAAACACAUCAAAAAGCCAGAGCAAAGCAACUGGAAGCUUCAGACUAUCAGGGAAAGCCAAGCUAGUAAUGGAGAUGGAGGCACUGAUGGUCCCAGUCAAGACAACAGGCAUAUUGCUCAAGUCUACCAGGAAACUACAAUCAUGUUUGCGGACUUGGCAGGUUUUACCCAGUGGAGCAGUACGAGGACACCCACAGAGGUGUUUGACCUGUUGGAAGCAAUCUACAAUGAGUUUGACCACCUGGCCAAAAAGAAGAAAGUGUUUAAAGUCGAAACUGUGGGGGAUUGUUAUGUGGCUGUCACAGGCAUUCCCCUGCCGCAGGAGGACCACGCAGUUAUUAUGGCCAAGUUUGCCAACAGCUGCAUGCAAAAGAUGGACGAGGUUACAAGCAGCCUCGUUGACAAGUUGGGAGCUGAUACAACGGACUUGAAGCUUCGGGGAGGUCUGCAUAGUGGUCCUGUGACAGGAGGUGUGCUCCGUGGAGAGAAGGGGCGAUUUCAGCUCUUUGGUGACACCAUGAACACUGCCAGCAGGAUGGAAUCCAAUGGAUUGAAGGGUCGAAUUCAAGUGAGCCGGUCUACAUUUGAUUGUCUGACUGCGAAGGGCAAGUCAACCUGGUUGACACCCCGAGAAGGAAAGGUCCAUGCAAAGGGAAAGGGUGAAAUGCAAACAUACUGGCUGCAGUUACCAACAACUGGUAUGGAAACAAUGUCAACAGUUUCAAGCGACUAUGGGUUUGCUAAAAAGAUUGGGGAGUCAGCGCACAAGGAUGAGAGCACCACUCAAAGCAGCCCCGAUCAAACCAAUAGUUCAGAAAGCGCCGCAAACCAAGUCUCAGUCGAUGUGUGAGAGAGGAGUGAAUGGAAAGCAACGAUUAGGAAAAUGAUCUUCGAUGGCUUCGAACCCACCAGAGCUAGUUACAUGCGUUAGGUAUUAGUACAUCAAAUGACCUCUAUUUAGAGCAUCAAACAAUAAUUUCGUAUCUACCGUACUUCA